CGCCUGUUCCUCCUGUUGUCCUGCCUUGUAGGGGUGGCAUUAGCUGCCCCACUGGUCAAGGAGCUAUACCCGAUGCCACCCAGCGUCUUGCGAGCACUAUCCAACCGGGGCACACUUGUGCUGGAAGCUGCCAUGAAGAAUGCCCUGCUGGCCCUGGAAGAUGCACAGGCAGAGCAUUCCCAGAGGGUACAGGAGUGCCAGGAUUGUGUGCUUUGCCUCUUUGGAGAUUGUGGCAAUGGGACCCAGGAAUGUACCUCCUCCGAGCGGCCAACAGAUUCCCUGCCCAGUUGUGAAAGUGUGCUACAAGCCCAGGCAAACCCAGAACCACCUGCCCAAAAUUGGGCCCUCAGCAAAGCCUGUGCUUCGUACCGACGCUUGUGUCUGUACCAAGAACUGGAGUCUGAGAGCUGCAUUCGCCUCAUGGCCAGCCAUUGCCAGCUUCGCCUUCAGGAAUGCCGGCUUGAAAGUGACAUGGACUAUUUGAACACUGUUGCGGAUCAGUCCCUUCCAGGUUUGUGUGGACGCCGUGGCAUUCCAGCCCCCAACACAACACUGGCAAAGGGGAAGAUCGUGGGGGGCAACAGAUCCUGGCCUGGGGCAUGGCCAUGGCUGGUCUCCGUUUGGCUGAAUGGAGAACUGAUGUGCGGUGGGGUCCUUGUGGGUGAUGCCUGGGUCCUCACAGCUGCCCACUGCUUCACCGGAAGCAGAAAUGAGUUGGCCUGGUCUGUGGUUCUGGGUGAUUACGACUUGACGAAGCUGGAUGAAGGUGAAAGGAUUGUGCCAGUUAGUCGGAUCCUUUCCCAUCCAAAGUUCAACCCGAAGACCUUCCACAAUGAUGUGGCCCUUCUGGAACUGAGCACCCCUGUGACCCCCUCGGCCUGGGUCACCCCAGUGUGCUUGCCGGAGCAUCCUGCGGAGCUGGGCAUGGGAACCCUCUGCUACAUCAUAGGCUGGGGCUCACUCUAUGAAGAUGGGCCGGCGGCGGAUGUUGUCAUGGAAGCCCAGGUGCCCAUCCUAGCCCAGGAUAUCUGUCGGAGCGCCCUGGGCUCUCAGCUCUUCACUAGUGCCAUGUUCUGUGCUGGAUAUCUUUCUGGCGGCAUUGACUCAUGCCAGGGAGACUCAGGGGGUCCCCUGACUUGCUGGGACCCUGCGUCUGAGCACUAUGAGCUCUAUGGAAUCACCUCCUGGGGCGAUGGCUGCGGAGAGCGUGGGAAGCCUGGCGUCUACACCCGCGUUGCUGCCUUCACAGACUGGAUACAACAGCAGAUGGAAAAAUCACCAUCCAACCGGGAGCCCACCUGUUUCGAGUUGCUAGCUUUGGCUCAGCUGCCUCCUGAAAAGCAGCAAGCAGAGCUCAGCCACUUGUGUGCCUUCUAUGGCCACCUCUGCUCCCCCUCUGCCAACCCAGCAGCUUGCGCCCAUGCUGCAGAUGAGAAAUGCAAGACAAAGAGGCAACAAUGUGAGCUGCGCUCCUAUGCCCAGACCUUGUUGGAGUUCCUGCGCCAGGCGGAGGAGUUUUUCCGCACUCAGAUUGACUUCUCGUUCUUCACGCACUCCCUCCCGCAGUUCAUGGAGCAGAUUUACAGACACUUCUUCCCUGCUCGAGGGCACCAUGAUUCCAGAGAGCAGAUUGCAGACACAGAAGCUGCCACAAGAGGAGAGGGAGAGGAAGAGGGGCUGCAAGCCGAUUCUAAGGAAAUGCAGAAACGAGAGACCCCAGCAUCUCGCCGGAGGUUCCCUCGGUCCACGCUUCUCUCUUUUGAGUCAUUAUUUGAAGGCACUGGGCCAGCCUUGGUUGACUGGGUGCAGGAGCUCAAUGCCAUGGCAGAAGGUUUGAGAACUUCAACAGAACGGGAGCAGCAACUCUUCUUGCAGCAGACAGAAACAGAGGUGGAGGAGUUGCAAGGCCAGGGUCGGAUCUUCCUUCAGCAGCUGCAAAGAGAUGUGGGCCUGGAUGACACUUUUCCAGAUGUGGGCCCAGAGGAGGAAGGUGCCACCACUCCCCAGACUCCUGUGUCAAAUGACACCCUGCCGACUGAGGUUCAUCCUCAGAGAGAAAAGCGAAGCCUUAUGAUGGAAAAUGCCAGUGUCCUUCCCGAAGCCCUACCCUCCAUUCCUGCUACAGGCUCCCGCUGCCAGGGCUUGAAUGGAUCUGCCCAGCAUGUCACUUCCGUCCGUGACUUGUACCACUGGAUUCUGCAAGUGCCUCAGCAGGAUCUCUCUAUGUCCUUCCAGGAGGUCCUUGUGGACUUGGCCUCCAAGAAUGCCAAGGGCCUGUACCAAGCACGGGUCCGAGCCACCAUUGGACACAAAGUGACCGCCUUUACUGGUCUAGUAGGACUGGAGAAUGACUCACUCUAUCGCAGCAUGCCUGGACUCAUUGCUCUGGCUCUGGAGAGUCUGAAGACCUAACCUGGCCACUCCUUGGGGAUGAUGAACCAGCGGGACACCCGGUCAAGAGAAAGACUAAAGGCAGAAUGGUGUAGCACCCACUUAGCUUGAGGGUAUCUGGGGCUGGGCUCCCACAUGGACCAAAGCCUGGAUGCAGGAACUGAAGAAGUGGGAACACAUCAGCUAGCCACCUCCAUUGGGGUGGACAACUAUUGGGGUUUGGGGCCACACUAUCCAUCCAGGUAACCUUGGCCACAUUCUGGCAUGCAUCCCUGGAAAGAAUUGAAGUAGCUUUGUCCCUAAACACCCCACACAACCCUUGCAAUUCCACCAUGUUUUUUGCCUUCUUUGGGUUAUUUAAGGCCCAGAAAAGGCCUUUUUCUGCCAGUGAUCAGAGCACAGGUGAAUGACGUUUACAUCAGGUUUGGGAGUGUUACCAUACAUCAAAGGAGUCACAGACAGAAUAGGCAAAGUGGUGAGGAAGCACAACCUGCAAAUGGUUUACAAACCGAUGAAGAAAAUCCAGCAAAUGCUUUGCUCAGCCAAGGACCAGAGAGACCCUUUUACAGCCACAGGAGAUUAGCGCAUACCAUGCAGCUGCGGACAAGUCUCCAUAGGGACCACCAAACGCAGUGUGCAAACCAGAA